AGAAGAAGCAGGGCUCUCCGUUUUUGGGGGGUGACGGGCGGGUCGACCGUUUUUCAUCCGCUGGAGAGUCCUGCUUGAACGGUGAGCAGGAGACACAACACACCGCCGCGGAGCAGCCCGACCCACGCCUCAACAGAAUCACACCGACGUGUGCCGUCCAAGCUCGGACAGACAGAGCCCGGAGGAAGGGUCAUCGCAGGUCGCUUUACGAAUCGGAACCUAGGAGCUUUUGUCCCUCUCCAGAUCCUGCGGGUCUGGGGGCUUUCAGCAGGGGCGGCGGACACGAUCCCGCACGCCCAGGGAAGGAGGCUGGAAGUCGGGGACGCUUCUAGCCAGCAGGACCGGGGCGCAGUGGCGACUGAGCGUUCGGGCUGUGGUGAACCCUUUGCGGCUACGUGGAUGGGAUGGAGCCGGGACCAUCAAGCGCUGAUGUGCCCGUGGGGCCAUACCCCCCACCCCUGCAGCAGGUGUUCCAGGCACCCCGCAGGCCUGGCAUGGGCACUGUUGGCAAACCCAUCAAGUUGCUUGCCAAUUACUUUGAGGUGGAGAUCCCAAAAAUGGACGUUUACCACUAUGAAGUGGACAUCAAACCUGAAAAGUGUCCUCGCCGGGUCAACAGAGAGGUUGUGGAGUACAUGGUCCAACAUUUCAAACCACAGCUCUUUGGUGACCGAAAGCCAGUUUAUGACGGAAAGAAGAAUAUCUACACUGUUUUAGCUUUACCUAUAGGCAGCGAAAAGGUGGACUUUGAAGUGACCAUCCCUGGUGAAGGGAAAGAUCGCAUCUUUAAAGUGUCUAUUCGUUGGCUGGCCAAGGUGUCGUGGAGGCUGCUGCAGGAGACGCUGGUCAGUGGACGUCUGCAGGUCCCUCUGGACUCUGUUCAAGCCCUCGAUGUGGCCAUGAGACACCUGGCCUCCAUGAGAUACACUCCAGUCGGACGCUCCUUCUUUUCUCCUCCUGAAGGCUACUAUCAUCCUCUGGGUGGAGGCAGAGAGGUGUGGUUCGGCUUUCACCAGUCUGUCCGGCCGGCCAUGUGGAAGAUGAUGCUCAACAUUGAUGUAUCUGCAACGGCCUUUUACAAAGCCCAGCCUGUCAUCGAGUUCAUGUGUGAAGUUCUGGACAUCCGCAACAUUGACGAGCAGCCGAAGACACUCACUGACUCGCAAAGAGUCAGAUUCACCAAGGAGAUCAAAGGCCUGAAGGUGGAAGUUACGCACUGUGGUCAAAUGAAAAGGAAGUACCGCGUCUGCAACGUUACGCGUCGCCCUGCUAGCCACCAAACGUUUCCUCUCCAGCUUGAGAGCGGGCAGACAGUAGAAUGUACAGUGGCUCAAUACUUUAAACAGAAGUACAACCUGCAGCUCAAAUACCCCCACCUGCCCUGCCUACAGGUGGGACAGGAGCAGAAGCACACCUACUUGCCCCUAGAGGUGUGUAAUAUUGUAGCAGGACAGCGGUGCAUCAAGAAACUGACAGAUAAUCAAACAUCCACCAUGAUCAAAGCUACGGCGCGCUCGGCACCAGACAGACAGGAGGAGAUCAGCAGACUGAUGAAGAAUGCAAAUUUUAAUCUUGACCCGUACAUUCAAGAGUUUGGUAUCAAGGUGAAGGACGACAUGGCAGAGGUGACGGGGAGAGUUCUGCCUGCACCGAUCCUGCAGUACGGUGGUCGGAAUCGUGCCAUUGCGACUCCCAACCAGGGUGUGUGGGACAUGAGAGGAAAACAGUUUUAUAACGGGAUUGAGAUCAAAGUUUGGGCCAUCGCCUGCUUCGCCCCGCAGAAACAGUGUCGAGAAGAGGUGCUCAAAAACUUCACCGACCAGCUGCGCAAGAUCUCAAAGGACGCAGGGAUGCCCAUCCAGGGCCAGCCAUGUUUCUGUAAGUAUGCACAGGGAGCAGACAGCGUGGAGCCCAUGUUCAGACAUUUGAAGAACACUUACUCUGGCCUUCAGCUCAUCAUCGUUAUUCUUCCUGGAAAAACACCCGUCUAUGCUGAAGUGAAGCGUGUUGGAGACACUCUUCUUGGAAUGGCCACUCAGUGUGUGCAGGUGAAAAACGUGGUGAAAACGUCCCCUCAGACGCUCUCUAACCUCUGCCUCAAAAUCAACGUCAAACUGGGCGGCAUCAAUAACAUCCUGGUGCCACAUCAACGGUCUGCAGUUUUCCAGCAGCCAGUGAUCUUCCUGGGAGCUGAUGUUACUCACCCUCCGGCUGGUGAUGGAAAGAAACCCUCCAUUACUGCUGUGGUGGGCAGUAUGGACGCUCAUCCCAGCAGGUACUGUGCUACAGUACGAGUCCAGCGGCCCAGACAAGAGAUUAUUGAAGAUCUCUCAUACAUGGUUCGAGAACUGCUCAUCCAGUUCUACAAGUCAACUCGCUUCAAACCCACACGAAUCAUCUUCUACCGGGAUGGGGUACCAGAAGGACAGUUACCUCAAAUCCUGCACUAUGAGCUGUUGGCCAUCAGGGACGCUUGCAUCAAACUGGAGAAAGACUACCAGCCAGGCAUCACUUACAUAGUAGUGCAAAAACGCCACCACACACGUCUCUUCUGUGCCGACAAGUCUGAAAGAAUUGGGAAGAGUGGGAACAUUCCAGCAGGAACGACGGUUGACACCAGCAUCACGCAUCCAUUCGAGUUUGAUUUCUACUUGUGUAGUCAUGCAGGCAUUCAGGGCACCAGCCGACCCUCUCACUACUAUGUCCUGUGGGACGACAAUCGCUUUACGGCUGACGAGCUGCAGAUUUUAACCUACCAGCUGUGCCACACAUACGUGCGCUGUACCCGCUCCGUAUCCAUUCCAGCACCAGCCUACUAUGCCAGGCUCGUUGCCUUCCGAGCACGCUACCAUCUAGUGGAUAAAGAACAUGACAGCGGAGAAGGCAGCCACGUCUCUGGGCAGAGUAACGGUCGGGACCCCCAAGCGCUGGCUAAAGCUGUGCAGAUUCACCACGACACCCUGAGGACCAUGUACUUUGCCUGAGCCUGUUUCUUUGCCACCCUUCACCGGGCACCCCCUCGAGCCAGUACACUGGGUGCUACCAGUUCACCUGGACAGAACUGAAUAUGGAGUUACACACUAUGUUUUGUUUAAUCUGGCUGAACUAUGCUCUUUUUUUUUAUUUAAUUGUGUAUUAUUGUGUACUACCUUCACACUCCUACAUGUAAGUAUGUAUGCAAUAUGGAGGGAAAGAAUGCAGAUGAAUCUGUUGUUUUGUAUGCCACUACAAAGCUGCCUCUUAAAGGGACAGUUCACCUAAAAAUGAAGAUUCUGUCACCCUCAUGUCGUUACAACUUUCUGCCUAACAUCCUCUUUUGUGUUCCACGGCAAAAAGAAAGUCAUAGAGAUUUGGAACGACAUGAGGGUGAGUUUCAUUUUUGGGUGAAUUAUUCCUUUAACAUGUCCGUUUGUUCGGGCACUUGAUGCAGAAGCCCCGAAUAGAGGAAUUGUUUUACUUCUUGCGUUUUGCAUUAUUUUUUAUUGUUAUUGCGAUUUUUUUUUUUUUUUGGUGAAUAUAUGGUACAUUAGCACUUAGUUUUAGUUUAGACACCACGCGGCCAGCAUUAAUGUAUCGUCUGUGAAGCUGUACACCGACAGUCUCACAAACGAAGUGCAGAUGGCGAUCGACUGUAGCAUGCCACAGACACAGGUGUCUCCCACCAUUGUCGCGGCGGUGUCACGGGUGUAGCCAAUCGUAUUUAGACUUGCCUCGUUAGUUAAAGAGUGGUCGCAUAACAAUAGAUGGACCAUGGGGUGCGUUAAGUGCACUUGCAUCAGCAUAACAUCGAAACCAGCAUUAUGCACCAGCCAUAUGCGAUGCCAACCGUGUAAAAGGGCCCUCGUCUUUAAGAUGUGCAUAUUUUUGCACUUGAUUCCUCUACGCUCUUCUAGAAUGGGGUGAUUUUGCUAGUUUAAUCAUCACACACACUUUCUGUGCACAUAAAUCUUCCUGCACUUAAAGGAAUAGUGAAAAAUGAACAUUUUUGUCAUCAUUUACUCAACCAUAUUAUUUUCUUUAUUCGGUAACACUUUACAGUAAGGUUCUGUUUGUUUACAUUAAUUAUUGCUUUAGGUAUAAUGAACUAACAGUGAACAAUUUCUUUGGUAAUGUUAAUUAAUCAGUACAAUUGUUCAUUGUUAGUUCAUGUAAGUUCAUAAUGCAUUAGCUAAUGUUAACAUAUACAACUUUAUUUUAAAAAUGUAUUAGUAUAUGUUGAAAUUAAUAUUAACCAAGAUUAAUAAGCACUAAAAUAAAGUAUUGUUCAUUGUUAGUUCAUGUUAACUAAUGCAGUUAAAUUAAUGUUAAGUGUCACCCUUUAUUCUGUGAAGCACAAAGUGAGAUGUUAGGCAGAAAGUUUGAGAUACUACUCUUAUAAAUACUACAGAAGUGAAGGAUGCUUUAUACUGGCAAGCUCCAAAAAGGACUAAACACAAUAAAAGUAGCUGUAUUCCAAGUCUUCUAAAGCCAUACGGUAGCUUUGUGUGAGGAAUAAAAUCUCUUUGCACUUGUUUUAUAGAUAAAAAAUGGUGCCUUGGAUGCAUUGUGCCAAGUUUGAUGUCAAUCUUGGAAAAUGCCAUUGUUUUUUAGGGUGAUCGCAGUGCAUUUAAAGGAAUUUUCCAUGCUCGACACAAGGUAAACUCAAUCAACAGCAUUUGUUGCAUAAUUUGAUCCCCCCUUUGAUCCUUACACUAAGGCACUUACAAUGGAAGUGAAUGGGGCCAGUCCAUAUACAUUAAAAUACACACUGUUUCAAAUGUGUAGCCACAAAUUUUAUGGUGCAUUUUUGGAGCCUGAUAAUAAAAAAUCACCAUCCACUUUCAGUCACUUGCUUGUUAAAGGGUUAGUUCAACCAAAAAUGAAAAUCCUCUCAUGAUUUACUGACCUUUAAGCCAUCCCAGAUGUGUAUGUCUUUCCUUCUUCAGCAGAACUGAAGAUUUUUUUGGUCCAUACAAUGCAAGUAAACAGGUGUUAUCAGGCUGCUGGCUGUUUGACGGUCCAAAAGUCACAUUUAGGCAGCAUAAAAGUAAUCCACACGACUCCAGUUGAUCAGUUAAUGUCUUCUGAAGGAAAUCGAUAGGUUGGUGUAAAACAUAAAUCGAUAAUUAAAACUUUUAUUAACUUUUUAAGUUAAAAAAAUAUGUAGUUUUUUACACAAACCUUCAGUUCUGCUGAAGAAGGAAGGACAUAAGCAUCUGGGAUGGAUUAAAGGUGAGUAACUCAUGAGAGAAGUUUCAUUUUUGGAUGAACCAACCCUUUAAGCUCAGACAUUCUGCCUAGCAUCUUUUGCGUUUCAACCAAGAAAGAUAAUAAUAUGCGUUUGACGGGGGAGGAGGCUGUAAAAGAUGGCAAAAUAUUCAUUUCAGGGUGAACUAUUCCUUUAAACCGUUUCUUCCACUGACCUCUGUAAACAAAGCAAUACAAGGUCACCGAGAGCAGCUAGAGAAACUCGUAUGGCACAUUAGAGCUGCUAUAGGAGGUUGAGACGCACACGUUAUGAUAUCCAUUUGUAUCUACCAAGAAAUCAAAUAAUGCAGGAUAUCUUUAUGUAUAUAGCUACCCACAACCUUCCUACACACAGGCUUGUGAAGGCUUUGCUUUCCUAAUGGACCACCGACAACCCACAUCACUCCUACCCUUACGUAGUCCUGCAUUGUUUGGAAAGGUCUUGCCAGUAACACUGCCACAUUCCCUGCCCACCUCACAAGCACCUUUAACCCCUCGCCUCAUUUCUGUUGAUGCAGUGAGCAUGAUGGGCACGCAGGAAAAUGCCUUUUCCACAGGUUAGGGGUACAUUAUGCCAUGUAAUCAUGUCAUAUGGUGGAUGUAUGAACUGCAUGUUUAAACUGAACUCGUUGUAAGUGGAGCCUCUCUGUAUACACGUUAAGAUUGUGUCCUUAUACAUUUGAUGCUGUACAUUUCCCGUUCGGUCUUAUUUACUCACCUUUAUGUCGUUCCAAAACUGGUAUGCUGAUAUUUUAUUCAUCAAACACAACUAGGAAUUUUGACGUAUCUUCACACAGCUCUUUUCCAUACAACGGUAGUUCAUAGUGACCACGUAUAUCAAAGAAAACAUUAAAAGCACCAUGAGAGUAUUUCAUAUGAAUCGUGCACUAUAUUCCAAGUCUUCUGAAGUUAUACAAUGUCUUUACGUGAGGCACAGACUGAACUUUUGUUGUUACCUUACGGCAAAACUUUGAAAUCUUGCGUUAAAAGAUUCAAAAAGGCAUGUCGGUGCAUCAUGCCAGAAUGCCAAAAUGCCACUGGUUCUCGCACGCGUCGUUACCUAAUGCGGCAUGCCAGUUCAAAUGUGCGCAGUGGAGAAUAUUUGAGAACUAGAUGGGAAGGUUAUCAGUGAAUAACGGUUUAAAUUGCGGUCUCUUCCUCACACAAAGCCAUCAUUUGGUUUCAGCAGACUAGUGCACAAGACUACUUUUAUGGUACUUUAUUGGUUUUAUGUCAUUUUUUGCAUUCAGCAUACAGGUUUUGUACAACAUAAGAGUGAGUUUAUAAUGAUAUACGGUUCAGAUUGCUUGAACUACUCCUUUAAUGAAACCUUUUGCAAUGUAGAGUGGCAAAGGUUCUCCACAAGGCGGCAAUGUUGAUGCCUCAACUCAGCCUCAAAGCGUUUGAAAAUGGUGUGUUGUAAUUCAUAGGGAUUUUAAGACAUAACGGUUUAACAUGAUUUAUUUUGACUUAUGUUUAUGAAAUGUAUACAAAGACAUGCCUUUAUAUAUUAGGUUUUAGCAAACCCAACAAGCUGAUUUUUAUUGAUUCCCCACUGUAUAUUGAUCUGGUCUUUCCUAGACAAAAUAUUCUGAUGCAGUACUUGACUCUCAAAAGCCACGGGGCACCACAUGGGUGAAGAACAUGGAGGUGCACAGUGGCGUAACUGGGGAGUGAACUUCACCCGACCUCACUGUUGAAGCAAUAUUAAGCCACUGAUAAAGAACUGUCCUUGUCAUAGCACUUCCCAAUAGAUUCAAUGAAUGAACACAUAAGCAAGUCAUUUUGGCUCUGUAUGUUAUAGUGAGAGGACUUUGUUCGGAACGGUUAUUUUUUAAAGAAAAUUAAAGUUGUUUUUU